AUGCGAGAUUGGGUUUUAAGCACUUUGCGAUCGUGGAGAAGAUGGAUUCGUUUUGUGGUGGUGAUAGUUUACAUAAUCCUUCUUGUGAUCGCCGUUCCGCUGUGUAUCUGGGAGCUGGAACGGACAGGGGCGCCCGAUCACGUACAGGCCUGGUUUGUUGGUGGGUUGUUUGUUCUCAUGGCUCUACCGAUUUCUGUUUGGGGAAUUGUGCAGCACAUCGUUAACUACACGACCCCACACAUGCAGCGGUAUAUUAUUAGAAUUCUGUGGAUGGUGCCAAUCUAUGCGUUAAAUGCUUGGUUUGCCUUACGCUUCCCAGCAGCAGCAAUUUAUCUGGACACUCUUAGAGAAUGCUACGAAGCGCGACUGAUUGAAGGCAGACCUCCUGUCAAGCACAUCUUUCCAUUUUGCCUUCUUCCGCCUUGUCGUUUUUCUGUAAAAUUUAUUCAGCGUUGCAAACAUGGGGUUUUACAGUACACAGUUGUAAGACCAGCUAUGACAGUUGUUGCUCUGAUUUGUGAAAUGUGUGGCAAGUAUAAUGAGGGAGAUUUUGACUUCAGCACAGCUUGGUCUUAUAUUGUGAUUAUCAACAAUGUGUCUCAGAUUCUUGCCAUGUACUGCCUGGUGUUAUUUUACAAAGCUUUUAAGACAGAACUGCAACCUUUGAACCCAGUGCCCAAAUUCUUGUGUGUCAAAGCUGUAGUUUUCUUAUCAUUCUGGCAGGCUGUUUUAAUUGCUGCUCUAGCAAAACUUGGAGCCAUUCCCACAAAUGGAUCAUGGAUUUUCUACAGUAACGUCAAAGAGGUGGCAACAGGUCUUCAGGAUUUCAUCAUCUGUAUAGAGAUGUUUUUGGCCGCCAUUGCUCACUACUUCUCCUUCUCACACAAACCGUUUAUCAACCCGGCAGCACAGCAACAGGACUGCUGCACUUCCUUUGUGUCCAUGUGGAAUGUCAAGGACAUUACAGAUGAUGUCAUGGAGCAUGCUCAGUUUAUAGGACAAGGCAUGAAAAAGACAUUAAGCAAAGGGAAGGAUUUGGUUAUUAAAGGAAGCACUGAAAGGACACCUCUGCUUGCUGCCAAAGACAACAGACCUGCAGAUGAUUCUGUGGUGCUACCUUUGGGUGUUCUGAAGUCUCAAACUCAGGAACCAUUAACUCCAGCUGUCAUUGUCCACGAUCAGGCCAGGUUUUCAGAUGAUCAGCGAACUGUCGCACAAGAAUUUAAUAUCCCUUUCAGGAAACCUACGACGGCAAGUAUGAUAAACUAUAUAGACUUUAGUUCUGAUUCUGCCUCACAGAAUGAAAAUCUGCAGAGUAAUGCUAGUGCAGCCACGUUAAUGGGAUAUGACAUCACAGGAAGUGACAUUGGUGAGAAAAGAAGUAGCUUGAGUGAUGUGAAACAAUCUCAGUUGGUAGUUAUAGCUGAGAUUAAUACAGACAACAGAAAUGUUCUACAUAAUCCUGACAUUACAGAUGAAAACUCAGAAAAUAAUUUUGAUAACCAUUACACUGUAGAUGAAGUAUUUCCGGAAAGUAUAGAUUCUUCUUCAUAUUCAAAUGAUGUCAGAUUGGCAAACGAUUUGCUGGAGAAUAAUUCACCCUCUCCCAAAGAUAAUUCACAUGCAUCAGAGCAUUCAAAUCCAGAUCAUCUAACAUACAAAGAAAGCACAGGAGAUGACCAAAGGAGUAACAAAGCAUUAGCCGGGGGUGCUACUCUUGUAGUGGAACAUCCAUCCUUUGUUGAAGACUCCAAAAAGGAUGUUAUUGAAACAUCUAGAAAUAAUUCAGAGCAUAAUUUCCCUAUUAUCUGA